AUGGGCAAGCCGCAGCCGUGCCCUCAGCUGCCCCCAAGCGCCCGCCCUGCAGGGUUGGAGGUGCCUCCCUCGUGCCAGCCCCCAGCGGGAGCCAACCGGCCGGGCCGGGAGGUGCCUCGGAACAGCCCUCGGGGCGCGAGCGGCGAAGUGCCCGCUCAGCAGCCUCCAGAGAGCUCCACCUGCCCCGGCUGGCUCUUCGGGCUGGUGGCUCCCCCAGGAAGUGGGUGGCUGUUCAGGAAGGUGACUCGGCCACGCCGGGCUGCCGGUGGCCGCGCCUCGCCUCCUUGCUGGCUCUGCCAGUCAGCUGGGAGGGAGCAGAGCCGAGGCGCCCCAGGCACUCCAGAGCACCGGCGGCGGCACGCAGGCAGCAGCAGCAGCGGCAGCAUGGCGGGAGAGCUGCAGCUCAUGUUCAUCGACUGGCAGUGCCCCAGCAACAACCGGCAGCACCGCACGGCCGAGAUGAGCAACACGCGGCUGAUCACGCGGCGGGGGCAGCCCUUCACCUUCACGCUGCACUUCCUCUCCAGGGGCUACCAGCCCGGGCUGGACUCCAUCUACCUGGUGGCAGAGACCGGGCCGCAGCCGGACCGGCAGCUGGGCACGCGGUCCAUUUUCCUUGUGGGGCAGGGCCUGCAGGACAGGAGGCCCGUCUGGGGAGCCGAUGCGGCCCCCAGCGGCCCCCGGUCCACCGACAUCACCGUGUGGGCGCCUGCGGAGGUCCCUGUGGGGCGCUACCAGCUGAAGACCCGCAUCGACUCGGGCCAGGCCUCUGCCUCCUACCACCUGGGCGAGUUCAUUGUGCUCUUCAACACGUGGUGCCCAGACGACGACGUGUACCUGCACAGCGAGGCGGAGAGGCACGAGUACGUCCUGAGCGACCACGGGCUCAUCUACCAGGGGAACAGCAAGUGGAUCCAGCCCGUCCCCUGGAACUACGGACAGCUCGAGGAGGACAUGGUGGGCAUCGCCCUGAGGGUGCUGGACAGAAGCCUGGACUUCCAGCAGGACCCGGCCCAGGACUGCGCCUCGCGCGGCAGCCCGGUCUACGUCAGCCGGGUGGUGAGCGCCAUGAUCAACAGCCUGGACGACAAAGGCGUCCUGCAGGGCAACUGGAGUGAGGACUAUUCUGACGGCGUCCGUCCGAGCGACUGGAAUGGCAGCACAGCCAUCCUGAGGCAGUGGGACCGCACGGGAGGGCAAGCGGUCAAGUACGGCCAGUGCUGGGUCUUCGCAGCCGUGAUGUGCACAGUGCUGCGCUGCCUUGGGAUUCCCACGCGCGUGGUCACAAACUUCGACUCGGGACACGACACGGACGGCAACCUGGUUAUCGACGUGCUGCUGGACAAGACAAGCCAGGUGCUGCCCAUGGAGAGGAAGGACAGCAUCUGGAACUUCCACGUGUGGAACGAGAGCUGGAUGGCGCGGAGAGACCUGCCCAUGGGGUACGGGGGCUGGCAGGUGCUGGACGCCACCCCCCAGGAGCGCAGCCAGGGUCUGUUUCGCUGCGGCCCGGCGCCUGUCCGAGCGGUCCGGGACGGAGAGCUGCACCUCCCCUACGACACCCCCUUCGUCUUCUCCAUGGUGAACGCCGACCGCGUGGUCUGGCUGCUGCACGGGGCGGCGAAGGAGAUGCUCCUCUGGGAGACUAACGCCGUGGGCAACCACAUCAGCACCAAGCAGGCGGGCACCGGCGAGCGGGAGGACCUCACGCACGCCUACAAGCACAAGGAAGGCUCCUCGGAGGAACGCCACGUGUUCGAGAAGGCACUGGCACAGAUGCCGGGCCGCGGGGCCACACGGAGCAGGACGGGCCUUCGCGCAGGGGGGGCCGAGACCUGGCGCAGGCACUUUCCUCACCGGGGCGGCAGCGGCCCCCCGGAGCCCCCCACGGGAGCCCAGACCUCCCUGGAGCUCAAGCUGGCCGAGAGCCCCGAGAUUGGCCAGGACAUCCAGCUGGUGCUGGUGGCGCGGAACCUGGAGCUCGCCGCCAAGCAGCUGCAGCUCAGCCUCAGCGCCCAGGGCCUGCUGCACACCAGCCGCCCCCUGCCGCCCUUCUGGCAGGACAAGCUCUACCUCUCCCUCAGCCCUGCGGAAGAGAAGCGGCUGCGCUGGCGCAUCCCCUUCGAGCAGUAUGGCGCGCACCUGGGCGACGACAGGCAGGUCCACGUGGUGGCUGUCGGGGAGGAGAACACCUCGUGGCUGAAGGCGCUGGCGGAGAAGACCAUCACCAUCGCCAGCCCCGCCUUGGCCAUCCACGUUCUGGCCCCGGUGGUGGUGAACCAGCCCUUCCCGCUCCGCGUGGACUUCGCCAACCCGCUGCCCGUGCCCGUCGGGCACUGCGUCCUGACCCUGGAGGGCUGCGGGCUAGUGCUGGGCCAAGCCCAGAUCAAGCUGGGGCCGCUCGAGGCCCGGAAGCGGACCAGUGUCACGCUGCAGCUGACCCCCUACCGGAGCGGGCCGAGGCAGCUGCUCGUCAGCCUCGCCAGCAGCCACUUCCCGACCAUGAAGGGCCAUGCGCUGCUGCAGGUGGCGCCUGACGCCGACCCCCAGGCUCAGGCGCACUCCCCCUGCCUGCGAGCUCCUCCGCAGCCAUGCGACUUCAGCCCAGCUGGCAGCGAGAUCAGGGGAGCCAGAAGCCGAGCGGCACCCCACCCCAGAGCCAGCCUGAGGAGGCCGGGGCCAGCGGGAUCCUAG